AAGAGGUGGGACCACAUUAAGCACUUGAAGCUUCUAUACAGGAAGGCCAAAGACUAGCACUUCUGGAGCAACUAUUCAAGUCAUACAUGCCUUCUACGAGGAGCUUCUACUGGGUGUUGUCAAGGAUUUCCACUACAGAACAUGAAGUAGCUCAUAAUCCCUUCUUCAGCUUUGCUGGCUUCAUUCUCUGAUGUGAUGUUUAUGAGGGCCAGGGGAGGAGAUAGCAGGAAUGUGGAAGAAGUCUCAGAAAAUGAGGAGUAUUUGGAGGAGCUGGUGGAGGAAGCUGCCACGCCCCCUGCCCCUGAUGAACCCAAGCAGAGCCCCAAGCUGCAGCAGGAACCAGAACCCAAGGCUGAUGGCUGGAAUCCAUUUUCUCAUCCAUAUAAGAAAAUGGAUUAUGGGAAAUGGGAACUGAUCAUCCCACCUGGACAAGAUGGAUUCUCGCCUGUGCCCCAUGGAUCAAAAUUAAAGGUGGUGAUCCGUAGUAAAAAUGGAGAAAUUCUCUACCGUAUUUCACCUUGGGCAAAAUAUGUAGCACGCGUAGGUACCAAUGUGAAUUACGAUUGGAUACACUGGGACCCACCAUUGCCAUAUCUACGCAAACAUCCUCAACCAAAGAAACCAAAAAGCUUAAGAAUUUAUGAAUCUCACGUGGGAAUUGCUUCCCCAGAAGGGAAAGUUGCUUCUUAUAAAAACUUUACAUACAACAUACUACCUAAAAUAAAGGAUCUUGGAUACAAUUGUGUUCAGCUGAUGGCUAUUAUGGAACAUGCUUACUAUGCCAGUUUUGGUUAUCAAAUCACAAGUUUUUUUGCAGCAUCAAGCCGUUAUGGAACCCCAGAUGAUCUGAAGGAGUUGAUUGACAUUGCCCACUCAUUAGGAAUUACUGUUCUAUUGGAUGUUGUACACAGCCAUGCAUCAAAUAACUCUGAGGAUGGUCUGAACAAAUUUGAUGGUACAGAUUCCUGCUUUUUCCAUUCCGGUCCUAGAGGAACUCAUAAUCUUUGGGACAGCAGACUUUUUGACUAUUCAAAUUGGGAAGUUCUGAGAUUCCUUCUCUCUAAUUUGAGAUGGUGGAUAGAAGAAUAUGGCUUUGAUGGCUUCCGGUUUGAUGGUAUUACAUCUAUGCUAUAUCACAAUCAUGGAAUUGGUACUGGCUUCAGUGGAGAUUACCAUGAAUAUUUUGGUCUACAUGUGGAUGAAGAUGCCCUCGUUUAUCUAAUAAUGGCCAACCACAUGAUUCAUUUAUUGCAUCCAGAAUCUAUAACAGUAGCUGAGGAUGUUUCUGGAAUGCCAGCUCUUUGUUGCCCUAUUGCCCAGGGAGGAGGUGGAUUUGAUUAUCGGCUCGCCAUGGCAAUUCCAGAUAAAUGGAUACAGAUAAUUAAAGAGUUGAAAGAUGAAGACUGGAAUAUGGGCAAUAUAGUGCAUACGCUGACAAACAGACGGUAUGAAGAGAAAUAUAUUGCAUAUGCGGAGAGCCAUGAUCAGGCCCUUGUUGGUGAUAAGACGUUGGCAUUUUGGCUGAUGGAUGCAGAGAUGUAUACAAAUAUGAGUGUACUUUCACCUCUCACUCCGGUUAUUGAUCGUGGAAUACAGCUUCAUAAAAUGAUUCGCCUCAUUACUCAUGCACUUGGAGGAGAGGGCUAUCUCAACUUCAUGGGUAAUGAAUUUGGGCAUCCAGAAUGGUUAGACUUUCCCAGAAAAGGAAACAAUGAGAGUUACCAUUAUGCCAGGAGACAGUUUCAUUUAGCUGAUGAUCACAUUCUUCGCUAUAGAUUCCUAAACACAUUUGACAGAGAUAUGAAUAAAUUGGAAGAAAGAUUUGGCUGGCUUGCAUCUCCCCCGGCUUUUGUGACUGAAAAUCAUGAAUCUAAUAAGGUCAUCAUAUUUGAGAGGGCAAAUCUAAUUUUUAUAUUCAAUUUCCAUCCAUCUAAAAGCUAUACUGAAUACAGAGUGGGUGCUGAAACUCCAGGAAAGUAUAAAAUUGCACUGGAUUCUGAUGCACCAGAAUAUGGAGGACAUCAGAGACUGGACCACAAUACAGAAUACUUCACUGAACAAUAUUCACAUAAUUUUCGAUCUAAUUCUCUUUUGGCGUACAUUCCAAGCAGAGUGGCGAUUGUGCUCCAGAAUAUGGAUAUCCCGAACUGAAGAACUACAUAACCAUCACUGCAGAACCAAAACGUGGAGAAGAAAUAUUGUACCAGCACUAAACAUCACAGAAUUAACACUGUGGCUGCUUUUUGAAACUAGGUCAUUGAAAUGUAGGAUUAAUAUUUACAUAUAAUUAUAGUGCUCUCAAGUUGCUAAAAUCUAAUUCAAGGAGACAAUAUAUGAAAGAAAAAUGCAUCUUUGCAUUUGUGAUGUUACAGCAUUACAUUUUAAAACAUUUCAGAGCAGCUGGCAUUGUCAAUUAAACUGUCAUUCCCAGUGUCUUGUCAGGAACAAUGUUGUACCGAAAGUGUUCUUGCUCUGAUUUCAGCAAUUUCUUUGAAACCUCUUUUAUCAUUUUGGUAUUGAAUUCAAAUAUUCAUUACAGAUCAUUGUCUCCUGUUAGGAUAAAGAGAAAAACAGCGUAUUGAAGUCAAACAUAAAUAAUCUGACAAAAGGCAGCCUUCUGGGUGUGAGGGAUUGCCUUCUGCAGCAAAUUCCAAGAUACUUCUAGGAUGUGCAGUUUUUCCAAUCAAGAAUACUGUCCUCUGCCAUUUUUAUUUAAUGAAUAUUUCACAGUAAAAUCUUCAAAGCUAGUGGAUAAAGUGGGACACAUGUCACUUGGGUUCUAGUCAUGAGUCCCUGCCACUUAUCUGUUCUGUGAUCUUGGGCAAGUCAUUUCACUCUGUGUUCCUCAGGUUCUGUAUCUGAAAAAUGGGGCUCAUGAUACUUGCCUACCUUUAGAAAGCAUUCUGGGAUGAUAAGUGAUCUGUGAGAGCUAAGUACUGUUACAUUUACUGAAAUGGUACAAUAAGUGAGAACAUUUUAAAAAGAACAUUUAUUAUUUUACAUACUCUCUCAUAAAUCUAAGGACCCUGUAGCCACUGGUUUCACUGCUUCCUAAAGCUUUCAUUUAACUUGGAGAACUUGUAAUGUUGAUCUUGCAUUUUUAUAAUUUAAAAAAUAUUUUGCUUACCAAGGAAGAAACAGUAUUAGAAAUAUAGAUAUGUUAUUCAAACCAAGCUUUUUGAUAUGUUCAAGCUAGUAAAUGGUUUAGAGAGCUGGCUGAAAUUGUUGUCUAAAUGAAUUCUUUACAAGAAAUCCAGCAUAGUAAAGAAUAAGAUUCUGUAUAUUCAAAUUGUAUCCACAGUGUAUUCAUUUUAACUCUGAAAAGGUCAUACAGAUUUAAAGACACAUGAUUUAUUUUGCUACACUAAUUUAAAAACAUGUUGACCUACAUAUUUGUAUAUGCUCCAAAAUGAGGUUUUAUUUUGCUUUACAAUCUAUUUUGAUUUACAGUUCCAAGUUUUCUAAUUCAGAAAUUUUCAACAGAGAAAAUGUCCACAACGGGUUUUGUUAAUUCAUAGUUCUAUGCAUCAGUCAUCUUCUAUGUAAGCUUUGUCUUCUAAAUGGCCGAACAUUUAUGCCCAAAUUGACAAAAACCUUGCAUGUGUUUUAUUACACUUACUAGAACUUUAACCUGGAAAUAUAUUUCAAAAAACAAACGAAUGAGUGGGACAGCAUAAUGUAACAUGAUGGGAAACCAGUCUUUUGAUGAUUUCAAAUUAAAAGGUUCAUGAACAUCCCAACUCUUACUGUAUUCUGUGCAACAGAUAUGUGAAAGACAAAUACCAUGCGCAACAGUGCUAUGUAAUGUCACAGCUCCUUUCCCUCCUUAAUUCAUUGUGCAUUAGUGAGCUAUAAAUGCAUUCCCGUACACUUAUGCUUAAAAAAGUACAGUGAAGUGUUUUAAUAACUGGAACCAAUUAUUGUUUCCAAAGUUGUAAACUUUGUAGUGAAAUAAAAGCAAUGUAAUUAUCUGCUAUAUUUACUUUAAAUUGAUCUUCUAAUAUAUCCUGUACAUUUUACUGGCACAUGUUCCAGCGUUCCAAAAUGUAAUGCAAGGCAAUUGCCCUUGUCAAACUAUUGUGCAAGAGAAGCAAUAAAUGUGUGAUGUGAAGUAGAAACUGUAAAAUUACAUGCAAAUAAACUGAGACAGGUAAAACAUAAA